AUGCGCCGCCGCUCGUGCGCGGUUUGUUCGAGCGUGGAGCGACAAAUGGCGAAUAUGGCCCGAAUUGGGUUGCCGGGUGGUUGUUGUAUAGUGUUUUUCGGUCGCGGGAUGAGGAAGGGGGAGACCGGGGGCUCCGCAGGCUCGGAGACUGGUAUCGAAGAAGAUGCUGAUGAGUGUGUAGAUAAACGCACGAGGCAGGAAGAGACAACACAGCCGAAGAAGUACUAUGAUCCUGUGCGCAAUGGGACGAUAUGA